GAAUACACACUUUUCAACAUUGGUUAGACUCAACCAUUCACGUCAGUCUGGAGUUCCGACAACACAAAAACCUACUAUCUCUCACGGAACUCAAAAUCAGAUUUUGAGUAAGUUUAUAAACAAAGGGGAAUGAAUUUUUGAAAAAACGACACUAAAGAUCGCUGCUAUCACCCUCUUUCUCACCGUCGACUUCGUAACGGCUAGCCGGCAGUUCGGCGGUGGCGAUUGCUCAUUACUCUGCCGAUCUUUCUCUGAUCUCUCUGAUCCUCUCAAACUAACUUUUACUUUUGUUUCUCUUUUUUUUUUUUCUUCGUAUCAUUUCCGAUACAAGUCGUCGAAAGGUUUUGGGUUUCAUAUUAUUUUUGUUGGAAAAUGAUUGGAUCGUUUCUUACCAGGGGACUAGUGUUGGUUUUUGGCUACGCUUAUCCAGCAUAUGAAUGCUACAAAACUGUAGAGAUGAAUAAGCCAGAGAUUGAGCAACUUCGCUUUUGGUGCCAGUAUUGGAUUUUGGUUGCAGUUUUGUCAGUUUGUGAGAGAAUUGGUGAUGCCUUUAUUUCAUGGGUUCCAAUGUACAGUGAAGCAAAGUUAGCAUUCUUUAUAUAUCUGUGGUUCCCCAAAACAAAAGGAACUACUUAUGUAUAUGAUUCAUUCUUUAGACCAUAUGUUGCAAGGCAUGAGAAUGAAAUUGAUCGUAAUUUGUUGGAACUGAGGACUAGAGCUGGAGAUAUGGCAAUUUUAUAUUGGCAAAGGGCUGCAAGCUAUGGACAGACAAGAGUUUUUGAAAUUUUGCAGUACGUUGCCUCACAAUCAACACCAAGGCCUCCCCCUGCCAAGCCAUGGCAAGAUGUAAGGGCUCGCCAACGUACUGCUACCAACCAGUUACCAGCUACAGCAACUCCACCAGUGACUGAAGAACCACCAUCUCCAACUUCCAAUACAUCUUCAAGUGAGCACCGAAAGGAAGUAGGUGAAGAGGCGGGUCCCUCACAAGUGCCUGAAGCUGCUCCUCCUGCAAGAGCAAAUUCUCUGAAAGCUAAUUCUGCUACCUCAAACACGCGAAAGGUUAAUCCUGCAGCCUCAAAUGCACAGAAAUCAAAUUCUUCUGUCUCAAAUGCUCAAAAUGCAAAUUCAGCAUCCUCCAAUGCUCAGAAAGCAAAUUCUGAAGCCGCAGAUGCUCAAAAAGCAAAUUCAGUGUCCUCCAAUGCUCAGAAAGCAAAUUAUGCAACCUCAGAUGCUCAGAAAGCAAAUUCAACCUCAGAAACUGCCAGCAAGACUAUACCAACUGAACCAGAAGCAAUGCAGUUGGAUCUGGUGUCUGCUGUGGCUGUUGAAAAUGCAAAUCCUCCCCCAAAGGAGCCUGUCAUGAGGAAACCAUUCAGGUAACACAUAACAGAUUGAGGAGAAACCAUUAAACAACUGAAAACUCAGAAUUUAAUGGUUAGACAGUGGUAUUGUAUUACUGUAAAAAGACUUUGCUGUAAAUAUGCUGUUGUAUUUAUCUUCUGUUUCCUUGGUUGCUUCAUUUUUUGAACAUUGAAAUGUAACAAAAAGGGAUGGUGGGUUGAUGAGAGUUGAUUAGUGCAAGCCUUUAAUAUGCAGGUUGUUGGAAGGUGAUUUAGCCACCUUAUUUGUAA